AUGCAACUGAACCGCACCCUUAAAUGGUGCCAUAAACGAUUGGUUCCCAAUUGCCCCACCGGUAAACUGCGCUUUGAAAGCACAUCGACUGUUCGAGGAGCCACCGUUGAAAGGCUAAAGAUACCGAUAGACCAAAUUAAAAGCAUCUCCGAGCCACAGAUAGACUUCGGAUUGCCAAUUGCGGUUGCGAAGUCCAGAAGGGUCGCCAAAGGCGCACGCAAUGUAAGCAACGCUUUACCGCCCACGCUGCAAUACGUCCGUGAUACUAUGGACAGACACAAGAACUAUGUAGUUUUAACCCAGAUGGGCUCCUUUUACGAGCUCUACUUCGAGCAUGCUGAAAUAUAUGCUCCUAAGCUGAACUUGACGCUGACCAGCCGUGAGUAUACACACGGUAAAGUAUCCUUUGCAGGUUUUCCAGUACACCAAAUCCAGCGCCAUCUCAAAGUCUUGGUCAAGGAUCACGGAUAUAGUGUUGCUAUUGCUGACCAAUUUUUAAAAGAUUCUUCAAUUACGAAUGAAACCAACCGGUUUCUCAGGCGUGUCACCAGAAUUGUAACACCAGGUACAUUCAUGGACGAGGCGUUUGAAAAUCUCCAAGAGAAUACUUAUCUUUUGAGUAUUGAAUUUCCAGGAAAAGCUACUCUCAGAACUGCUGAUAUUGACAUGAAAAUUGGCUUGUGUUGGUGUGACAUCUCAACAGGUGAAGUAUAUGUACAGCAGGUCUCUCUGAAGGAUACUGUGUCCGCUAUUACAAGAAUUGGGCCUCGAGAAAUACUUCUUGAUGAAGAAUUGAUGAGUUUUUCGCUAGAAAAAGGAGAGUGGUUCACUGAACUGGUUGAACUUAAAAAGUAUUUUGUAAAAUACCAGCGGCUUCCUUCUGGUCACAGAGAAAUGAAAACUUUUUACCAUCUUUUCAACUGUGACGAGGAGGUUGAUCGAAGUUUUGCCAAACUAGACUCAACCGUUCGUGACUUGACGCAAAAAGAAACAGCAGCGCUAAGGAAUAUACUCUUUUAUAUCGAAGAGCAUUUACCGAACGCUCAGGUAAACUUACAAACUCCUCAGCGGCAGCUAACAACAUCCAUCAUGCAAAUCGACUCUAGAACAAACUCCUCUCUAGAACUUACCUCUACCAUGAGAUCUAAUAGCAGAAAGGGUUCAUUAUUAUCUGUUAUACGUCGUACGGUAACUCCUUCGGGUAGUAGACUCUUGUCCCAAUGGCUAUGUGCGCCAUCUUUGAACCUUUCAGAAAUCCAUCGGCGCCAAAAGCUGGUGAAACUCUUUAAAGAAAAUGAUGACUUGAUGAAAACGAUCUUUAGGACAUUAAAGCAAACAUAUGACAUGCCGCGUAUCUUACAAAAAUUUACAUUCGGUAAGGGAGAGGCGACAGAGCUGCUCCAAUUGGCUCAUUCGCUUCAAAGCGCCGGAGUUAUCUUAAAACUGCUUCAAAAAGCAUCUGAAAAGACGAAUAAAAUGCCUCUAACAAAGCUUACUAGUUCAUUGAUAUCUCCUUUGCAGUGCAAUGAAUUUUUGAUAGAAAAGGUGCUCGGCACUUUGGAUGAGGAGCAGUUCCUCAGAUCUCGGAAAGCUCCGGCAGAAUUCGAGAGCCUUGGUACAGAAAAUGGUGGACAAAAAGGCCUAGACGUCGAUCCACUUGGGGAAUCUUCACCUUGGGUUGUUCAAUCGAAUGCCUCUUCACAAUUGCAAAAGCUUCAUAAACUUCAUAACGAACUUUUGGUAAGCCGUGACAUUUUGCGCCAUGAUCUGGAAUCAUUCUUCACUACUAAAUUCCAAGCUAGAACCGUUCAGCUCAAACUUAAGCAAAGCAAUGAAUUUGCUAUCCACAUCACAGCCAGUCCUUCAAACAUCAGAGAAAUUAUGUUUAAACUUAAGGAAGGGCUCCUGUUCCGGGAAGAAUUGUUCCGUGUUAUACAAAAGUCUGCACAAACAUGCUGGUUGAGUCAUGAAUCCUGGCUCGAGCUUGGACACGAAUUAGAACUCACCGCAAUGAAAAUAAAAAAGGAAGAGAGCGCCUAUAUGAAUGAACUCAAAGGCGAAUUUGUAAAAAGAAGUUCUUCUAUUAGGCGCAUAGCCCAUACUUUAGACUAUCUUGAUGUACUAACAUCCUUUGCUAAAUUGAGUUUAGAGAAGAGUCUAACUUGCCCUUCCGUUAAUUCAACGACGGAAUUCAAUGUCACCUCUGGUCGUCACAUAAUGGUAGAAGAUGCACUUUCUACUAAAUCUUUAGAGCAUUUCACGCCAAAUGAUUGCAAUAUCCAAGCUCAAGAACUCUGGAUAGUAACUGGUCCAAACAUGGGCGGUAAAUCGACGUUCCUUAGGCAAAAUGCAAUAAUAGCAAUUUUAGCUCAAAUUGGGUGCUUCGUUCCUUGUAAAUCGGCAACAAUUGGUCUCGUCGAUAAAAUCUUUAGCCGUAUGGGCUCAGCCGAUGAUUUAUACAAUGAAAUGAGUACAUUCAUGGUAGAAAUGGUCGAAACUAGCUACAUUCUAAAUGGCGCCACAUCAAGCUCACUUGCAAUAUUGGACGAAAUAGGAAGGGGGACCAGUGGAAAAGAAGGUGUCAGCAUUGCUUAUGCUACCUUAAAGCAUCUGAUUGAAAGGAAUAAAUGUCGAUCACUCUUUGCGACGCAUUUUGGAACCGAAUUACAAGCACUGGUGAGGGGUAAAUGCCACCCCGAACAGCAACAGAAGAUUUCCUUUUAUCAAAGUGCUGUGCUUGAUGUUGGUGAAAAUGAGUUUUACUACGAUCAUCGGCUAACACCAGGGGUUUGUACACAAUCAGAUGCAAUAAAAGUUGCGUUGAGGGCUGGUUUUCCUAGGGACUCGUUAUUGCAUGCGGAAGAAGUACUGAAAGCUUAG